UAUGGAAGAUCAAUUAGAACUAACUUCUUAAUGGAGUUUCUAUGAAAUGUGUACUAAAAAGAAUAACAAAUUACAAUGUCUUAUACCAUAGACCAUCAUCUUCGAUAAACUAAUGCCUAAAGUUUGGCUAUUCAAUCCUAAACAAUCUCAAGUAGUCAUGAAAAAGAAUUCUGAUAAACUCUCAAAUCUUGAAAUUGCCAAGGCUUUGCUUGGUAUUAAAUUCCCCAAAGACAUUAAGAUAGACACACUUACUCAAUUGUAUGAACAAGCAAAGUAGAGUCCUCAAUUCAAAGAGGUUUAAUAUUGUUUUAUAAUAUAUAAGGAAACUCCAAUAGCAUUUUUGUAGAUGAAAAGAAAUGAGGGAAUACCUAUGAAUCGAUAAGAAUUAUUGCAAUUCUUUGUUGAAGGCAAAGAUCUCUCCUCUUUGGCAUUCAUGCAAUAGUACAUUGAAAAUCAAAGUAGCUUGAUUAAUAGUUUGCAGAUGAAGUCUACUAUGUUGAGUACCAUUAUGAUGUUGAUUUCAUUCCAAUUACUUUCAAGUUUUUCAAGAAGACACUUACAAUAAAAAGAGUGAACAAAAGUACAACUGCUAAAUCCAGCAAUCCUUUUUAAACUCUCUUGAUGCCAGUCUAAAGUUCUGGCUAAAUCCCAGUCAGAUAAUAAGAAGUUUAGAAAGUACAAACAAUGUUCAAGUAUUGUAAUUCUACACUAAAUUAACGCUUUUAAGAAGUACGUAGAUAUAUUAUGUCCACUUUCAUAGGAAACAAAAAAAAUAGCAUUUUAUUUAGAAAAAGUAUUUAAAGUCAAAGUACGCAAGUUCACUCCAAAGUUCAUCGUUGAUUAAAGAGACCAAAUAUAUUUUGCUGGUAUUAAAUAAAUCACAAUCCAAAUAUAACAAGGAGGUUUAUUAUACUAUUAAUUAAUAUAGCUCCAUAUCAAAAGGGUUUAAGAGAUGAAAUAGCAAGUAAUGGUUAAUUUGAUAAUUUUAUGAUGGCAUGCAAAUAGUUUAGAUUAGAUAAGAAUGCAAAUAAUGAAUUCAAAAAGUAUCCAAAUUAAAUUGUUGAAGAAGAUAAAAAACUUAGUAAAACACUCUAUAAACAUUUAAUUUUGGAAAGAUGUCAAGGCGACUUUUGUAAUUAUAAAUUAAUUGAAAAAAACAAGUAUUUCAACUAUAAUUAUUUUUAAGAGGACCUCUUUAAUUGAGGAAAGGUUUAUUGGAAACUUAUAAGAAUGUUUUCAAAGAAUCAAAAUAGACAGUCACUAAUAUGAGUACAAAUUUACCUUAUGAAAUAUCAUUGUAAUUAAUAGUAAGAACAAGAGAUGAUCAUAAGGAGGUGAUAGAAUUAUUCAAAAAAUAUAAAAUUCAUUUAGAAAAUUACAAUCCAGAAGAACAUCCAGAAAUAAAAGAUGAAUAAUAACAUCCAUUUAGUAAAGAAAAUUCUGAUGUUUAAGCAUUAAUCAAUUUAUACAAAUCUGUUAAAAUUUGUAAGAAUUGUUUUAUAAUUUAUUCUAUGAUUCAGAGACAUUUUGAAUCUUAAUUAAAAAAGGAUAUUAAAAAUGGAGCAUAAUUUAUAAAUGAAAAAAAGACAUAAUCAUUACAAAUAGAUGAAGAAGCUGAAAGACGUAGAAAAAGAGAAGAAAAUAUUGUUAAAAGAUAAGAGAAAUUGUAAAUGAAGCCAUCCACAUCAACAAAAUCAUUUAGAAUAUUUAGAGCACCAACAUAAAAGAGGAAUUUUUUGAUUACUUCUAUACCUGAGAAUAGAAUGUCAAAGACAUCAUCUCCAUAAAAGUUUAGAGAUGUUUGCAAACAAAUAGAAAUAAAUAGAUUGACUUUAGGUUAUUUAAACUAUUAAAAAUUGAAGUAAUUUUAAAAACCCACUCAAAUGGAAUAAUCUUAAGAGUUUUAAAAUGAAGCAGAUAAUUUAAUAUAAACUUUAGCAGAAUAGAGAGCUCCAAAUGUAAGAAGAAUAGACACAAACUAAUAAGAGAGUAAGGAAUUUCAAGUAAGAUCAGAAGAAAUAAAGAAAAUGUUAGCAAAGACAUCUAAAAAGGAAUAGGAAUGCAGAGCAAUUUAAAAAGAGUACUAUAAUUAGAAGAUAUAAGAAGGAGUAGAAUAAGUAUUGUUAACAACAUCAUCUCAUUAUUAUUAUCAUGUUAAUUUUGACAUAGUAAGAAAAUUGUAUCAAUUUCAAUUAAGUACACCUAUGCAAGCAUUAUCAUAUGAUUUGAAAUAUGAUUAAUUGAGAGCUUUAUAAAUAGAAGAAGUUUGUUGGAUGAUGAAUUACCCAACUCCUUGUUUUGAAAUAACUUAAUUAGAAUAUUUGGUAGUAGAUUCUUAGACAGCUGUUCCUUAUGCUUUAUUUGAGAGUAACAUAACUAAAAAGAAAGAGAAGAGUUCUUAAUCUGGAAUAGAUUUUAUAAUCAUAUUACAUGAUAUGUUUGAAUCCUUUUUUGAGUAUUCAUAUCAAUCAUUUUUAGAUAUUAUCCAAUCAUAGUGGAUUUGAUAAAUGAAGCAUAGAACAAAAAGAUUCUUUUAUUGAACACUCCUGGGUAAGCCUAUACUCUAUUCAACAAAGAGCAAAUCUAUACUAAUAUUUACAUUGCUGGUAUCUUGGAUUAAAUAUUAUAUGAAUUAUCGAUAAAGAAUAAAAUAGAUUUGCAAACUGAUACUUUAAAAAUUUUAGGAGUAGGCUCUGGUGGAUUUCAUGCAUAAUCAUUUAGUAAUUAUUAUUAAAAUUCUUAGUUGUAUAAUGUCAAAACACAAUUCAGUUUAGUUAGAUUGCAUUUGUGAAUUCAUUCACUUCAAUUUACUCUUAAUUAAGAAGUUUCUUCACUCAAUCAAUUAAGAUAUUUGAAUCUCAACCUAAGAAUAUGCCAGAACUUGCUUUUGAAUAUACAAAUACUAUAAUGAAUACUUAACCUAUUUCUUUAGAUCAACUUUCUUGUGUUUUACAACAGAAUCCCAUAAAUUAAUUAGGUAGAUAAGUAAUUUUGGAGGGUAUAUUUAAUUUCAAUUAUAGGUUUGUUGUAAAGUCCUUCAUUUUUGGAGAGAUUCUAAAAGCUAAUUCUGAGUGUAUAGGUAUAUCAUUCCUUAAAGAAUUGUUUGGUUAAUAUCUCUGAGGCUGACUUAUUAUAAACCUUUUUGUAGGAUGAGACUCUUGAUGUGAAUAAUGUUGCAUUGUCAAAGAAGAUUUAAAUGAAUAAAAGAACAGUUUAAUAUAUUGAGGGUGGACACUCUGUUUUAUAUGAAAAUAAGGAUCAAUUAGUAUAAAUUUUAAACAGAUUAGCAUGACUUAUAUAAAUAAUUUAUUAAAAUGUAUAAGUUUUUGAUACUAUUGUGCAUAUUUUUGAAUUUAAGUGAAACUAAGAGUGUUCAGAAGAGUUUUCGAAUUAGAUAGAUGUCAGACUGGGAAUAUCUGACAAAAUUUGGAGCUGAAGUUGGAAGUCUGUCCUAUCAUAUUAAAUUCAGAAUCGUUGGAUUAGAAUCAGAAGAGAUGAGGGAGAGAUCAUACCCAAUUCUUUUUGAGUUGCAUUUGGAUGAAUAAUGGCCUGAAGUAUUAGAAAAGCCACCAUGUGAAGUAAAUAAAAUUGAAACUAAUUUCAUUAGAGAGCUGAUUUAGCUAAACGAAAAGAGACUAUUUAGGUACCUGGAAAUGGAGAAUAUUCACAAGUAUUCUAAGGGAAUAUUAAAGCCAAAUUAAGAGCUCAUAUGUGGUAUUAUACUAUAUCAGAUUGCCAUCGAAGAUUAAGAGAUGAAUUUAAAGACGAGUAGUAUAGAAAACUUAAAUUUGAAGUGGAUAUUCAUGUAAGGAAUGUUGACAAGACUGAAUUCUCUGUUGAACAGUUUGGAAUUCAUUAUUUUAUGAUUGUGGUAGUUUUGGUUGACAUUAUAAUGCUUGCUUAUAACGUCUAUUAUAUAGUUUAACGACAUGAGAAAUAUGAAGAAUUUAGUUUGGNAAUUAUUAUUAAAAUUCUUAGUUGUAUAAUGUCAAAACACAAUUCAGUUUAGUUAGAUUGCAUUUGUGAAUUCAUUCACUUCAAUUUACUCUUAAUUAAGAAGUUUCUUCACUCAAUCAAUUAAGAUAUUUGAAUCUCAACCUAAGAAUAUGCCAGAACUUGCUUUUGAAUAUACAAAUACUAUAAUGAAUACUUAACCUAUUUCUUUAGAUCAACUUUCUUGUGUUUUACAACAGAAUCCCAUAAAUUAAUUAGGUAGAUAAGUAAUUUUGGAGGGUAUAUUUAAUUUCAAUUAUAGGUUUGUUGUAAAGUCCUUCAUUUUUGGAGAGAUUCUAAAAGCUAAUUCUGAGUGUAUAGGUAUAUCAUUCCUUAAAGAAUUGUUUGGUUAAUAUCUCUGAGGCUGACUUAUUAUAAACCUUUUUGUAGGAUGAGACUCUUGAUGUGAAUAAUGUUGCAUUGUCAAAGAAGAUUUAAAUGAAUAAAAGAACAGUUUAAUAUAUUGAGGGUGGACACUCUGUUUUAUAUGAAAAUAAGGAUCAAUUAGUAUAAAUUUUAAACAGAUUAGCAUGACUUAUAUAAAUAAUUUAUUAAAAUGUAUAAGUUUUUGAUACUAUUGUGCAUAUUUUUGAAUUUAAGUGAAACUAAGAGUGUUCAGAAGAGUUUUCGAAUUAGAUAGAUGUCAGACUGGGAAUAUCUGACAAAAUUUGGAGCUGAAGUUGGAAGUCUGUCCUAUCAUAUUAAAUUCAGAAUCGUUGGAUUAGAAUCAGAAGAGAUGAGGGAGAGAUCAUACCCAAUUCUUUUUGAGUUGCAUUUGGAUGAAUAAUGGCCUGAAGUAUUAGAAAAGCCACCAUGUGAAGUAAAUAAAAUUGAAACUAAUUUCAUUAGAGAGCUGAUUUAGCUAAACGAAAAGAGACUAUUUAGGUACCUGGAAAUGGAGAAUAUUCACAAGUAUUCUAAGGGAAUAUUAAAGCCAAAUUAAGAGCUCAUAUGUGGUAUUAUACUAUAUCAGAUUGCCAUCGAAGAUUAAGAGAUGAAUUUAAAGACGAGUAGUAUAGAAAACUUAAAUUUGAAGUGGAUAUUCAUGUAAGGAAUGUUGACAAGACUGAAUUCUCUGUUGAACAGUUUGGAAUUCAUUAUUUUAUGAUUGUGGUAGUUUUGGUUGACAUUAUAAUGCUUGCUUAUAACGUCUAUUAUAUAGUUUAACGACAUGAGAAAUAUGAAGAAUUUAGUUUGGCAUUGUUUCUUUUGAUUGUCACUCUUUUCCUUGAAACUAUCUCUUAUGGUUUAAACUUAUUACAUUUAUGGGUGUACAGUUAUAAUGGAUAAGGUGUUUUGGCAUUACAUGUGAUUUCAGUAAUAGUUUAGGUAUAACUUAAUAAUUUAACAUAGGUUGCAUCUCAAUUCUCUUUAACUAUGAUUUUAGUCAUGUUAUCAUGGGGUUGGUAAAUAAAUUUUACAAAAUUUGAAAAUUUUGAAAUAUUCCUGCCUUUAUCAUUAUUAAUAGCAUUUUUUUAAUUAACAAUUGUAGGAGUUGGUUUUAUUGAUUAUGAUGCUUACUACAAAGAUCACUCUUAUGAAGGUUGGGUAGGUUGGUUAGCAUCUUUUAUUUUUAUUGGAGAAUUUAUCUAUUUUAUUAAUGGAUUAUCUAAUACCUCUAAAAAGAGUAAUCCAGCUGUUAAAUAAUUUAUAUUGAUGCUUGGAAUAUAUGGUAGUUUCUAUUUCAUUAGUUUCCCAUUAUUGUAAACUAUUAAUUUGGUAUUAUUAUUUUAAAUAACCAUUUAGAUUGUUGCCAGAUAUCUUAGACAUAAAGUUAUGGAAAUAGGAACAAUAUCUUUUAGAACUGCGGCAAUUCUACUUCUGACUCAUUUAUUUACAUCUAAAAAAUCAAUUUUUGCAUAAAUUUCAUAUGAUAGUAAAAGCUUCUUGGAUAGAAACAAAGAUGAGUGAAUGUAUUUAUUAAUUAUUAUGGGU